UUUUAGAAUAAGUACUAUAAUUUGAUUCAGAAAUGCCACGAGCAAGUAAAAUAUUUUGUGGUUUUAGAGCUUUAGGUUAUGUCAGUAAUCAUGUACCUCUAGAGGUCCGAUUGAAGUUCAAGGAAAAGGAAAAUUAUGUCAUCACCUGUGUAGGGAAAGCAUUCCACACUUAUAAUUGUUCAAAACUGGCGAUUAUCAGUGUUAGUGAUGCUCAUCCAGAUGAUAUAACCUGUUUAGCAGUGGCUGGUAAUUUAAUAUUUACAGCUUGUCAAAAUAUUGUUAGAGCUUUUCAUAGAGGAACUAAGGCAGUUAAAACCUUAGUCAACAAAGAUAAAGAUAUAAGUUUAUUACUACCAUUUGGGCAUCAUUUAAUCUGUGUAGAUAUUGAUAGUAAUGUAACAGUAUGGGACUACAGAACAGAAGAAAUAUAUUUGGAGAUGGAUUUUGAUCCCAGUCAGUUCAAGAUAUCAGCUAUGGUACAUCCCACAACCUAUUUAAAUAAAAUAUUAAUAGGUAGUAGACAGGGUGUCAUGCAGCUGUGGAAUAUUAAACAUGAUAAAUUGUUGUAUUCAUUUACUGGAUGGGGUCAACCUAUUAACAUUCUUCAACAGGCACCUGCAGUAGAUGUAGUGGCUGUUGGUUUAGAAGAUGGGCAGAUCAUGGUACAUAAUAUUAAAUACGAUGAAACCAUAGUGAAAUUUCGCCAAGAGUGGGGCCCUGUUACAUCUGUAUCAUUUAGAACAGAUGGUCAUCCUAUUAUGUUAACUGGAAGUUCUGCAGGUCAUAUAUCUCUGUGGGAUUUAGAAGAAAGAAAGUUGAAAUGUCAGAUGAGAGAUUGUCAUCAUACAUCAGUGACUGGUAUGAAAUGUUUACAAAAUGAACCUUUAAUGGUGACAUCUGCAGCAGAUAAUACACUGAAGGUGUGGAUUUUUGAUAUGCCUGAUGGUUCUGGUAGAUUACUACGUCUUAGAGAAGGUCAUAGUGCACCACCAAAUAAAGUUUUACAUUACGAUAACAAAGGACAUAAUAUACUCAGCGCAGGUCAAGACAGUACCCUAAGAUCUUUCUCUACCAUUCAUGAUAAACAUAAUAAAAAUCUUGGAAGAGCCUCAUUUGAUAAAGCUGCCAGUAAACACAGUGGAUUAAAGAAAGAUCAAUAUAUGAUGCCACCUAUAACAGACUUUACAGCUGAGAGUAGCAGAGAAAGUGAGUGGGAUAAUAUUGUAUCAUGUCAUAGAGGAUUAACAUUAACAACAACAUGGAAUUAUCAGAAAUCUACCAUGGGAAAACAUAAAUUUAAACAUGAAAGAUUUGAUAAUGAGCCAUCUUUGUAUAAAAAUGUUACAGCCACAGCUGUGAAUAUAACAUUAUGUGGUAAUUUUGUAUUAAUUGGGUAUAGUAGUGGACAUGUUGAUAAAUAUAACUUACAAUCUGGUAUAUAUCGAGGGUCAUAUGGUAUUGAUAAAGCUCACUCAUGUAGUAUUAGAGGUGUAGUUGUUGAUGGGUUAAAUCAACAGACGAUAACAGCUGGUUCUGAUGGUUCUCUCAAAUUCUGGAAAUUUCAUAAACCAAAACUAUUAGAAUCUAUAUCUCUAUCUACAGAUAUAUCACAAAUAUUAUUACAUAGAGAAAGUUCUAUGUUAGCUGUGGUGUUAGAUGAUUUUACUAUUAGUAUAGUUGAUAUAGAUACUCAUAGAGAAGUUAGAAAGUUUGAGGGUCACAGUAAUAGAGUCACUGAUUUGACAUUCAGUCCUGAUGCAAGAUGGUUAAUAAGUGGUGCUAUGGAUGCUAGUCUGAGAACCUGGGAUUUACCUACUGGAAAAUUAGUAGACUGUUUUCUGUUGGAUUCAGCUGUAACAUCAGUAAGCCUGUCACCAACUGGAGAUUUCCUAGUUACUACCCAUGUAGAUAAUCUAGGUGUAUAUCUAUGGUCUAACUUAACUUUAUAUUCCUUUGUUUCGUUACGACCAUUGGAGGAAUUCUAUGAACCCAAACUAUUAGUAAUGCCAGGAACCAGUGUUGAAAAAGAAGAUAGAGAAGAUAGUUCUGAUGAUGAAGAAGAAGAAUAUUUAUCUAGUGAUUUUAAAUCACCUGAACAGAUAGCUGAUGAAUUAGUUACAUUAUCAUUAUUACCCAAUUCAAGAUGGCAGAAUUUAUUAUCAUUAGACAUUAUCAAGUCUAGAAAUAAACCUAAAGAACCACCUAAGAAAGGAAAAGCUGCACCAUUUUUCUUGAAGACAAUUGCAGGAAUAACGCCUACAUUUGAUAUCAAUGAAGAAAACAAAGAUGAUAAGGAUGAUUCUCAUUUGUUAAAAGGAAGAUUAUUACCACUAUCAGAUAUAGGAUUAAGUUUGUCAAAGGCAAAGACCAACUCAGAUUAUGAAACUAUUGUGAACAAGUUUAAAGAAUUAGGACCAUCACGUAUUGAAGUUGAAAUAAGAAGUUUAGUACCUGAAGGUGGAGGAAGUGUAGAUAUUAUGGUCCAGUUUGUCAAAUUCAUCAACUAUAUCUUAUCAACUAAUAAAAAUUUUGAAAUCGCUCAAGCUUAUCUCGGAUUAUUUUUAAAGUUACAUGCUGAAGUAAUAUCCAAUGAAAUCAGAGUACAAGAAGAAUUAGAUGUAUUAUGUUCUAAUCAAAGUGAAAAGUGGAUAGAAUUACAAACUAUAUUUACACAAUGUUUAUGUUUGAUUAAUUAUUUACGUACUGCUACUGUAUAAAAUACUAAAAUUU